UUUCACAAGUGAAAGGUUUUACGUGUGUGCUUACCUGUGGCAGUUAACACAUCACUGCAUCAGUCUAUAUAUCUAUAUAUACCUGGCCCUUCCUGACCCGUAGAGCGGCACGACACAUACCUGUACUUACCUGUACUUACCUAUGUGUUUACUUUGCCUGCAUUUGAAGUCGAGGUAGAUCACAGGUACACAAGUGUGCGUGGGACUCAACUAAGAUGGCGGACAGAGUUUGACAGGGAUGUAAAGUUCUAGAAAUUGAAAUCAGUCGGCAACAACAUUCAACAUGGGAUUUCUCGAAGACGUCAGCAAACAAGGCUCUUCUGUCAUCAGGACCACCCUUAGCGACGACACAUCGAUACACGUUCUGAACCGGAAGUUCUGUGUUGUCUCCCUUAUCAUACUUGCGCUGUUAGUGUGCGCAAAACAGUAUGUCGGAGAACCAAUUCAGUGUUGGUGCCCCGCCGAAUUCGCUAAAUUUCACGUGUCUUACGCCAACAGUUACUGCUGGAUCAAGAACACAUAUAGCGUCCCAUUCGACGAAAUACUUCCGGUAGAAGAUGUCGAAAGAGAAGAUACUGAAAUAGAGUACUAUCAAUGGGUGCCGCUCAUCUUCGUUUUUAUGGCCUUCCUGUUUUACUUACCAAAAAUAUUCUGGAAGGGAUUUUACCCUAAAUCUGGCAUCAACAUCAAGAAGACCCUAAACCUCGCCAGCGAUGCAACAUAUCUGGGGCCAGUGAAACGGGCUGAGAGGAUGGUCGACAUAGCGUCCUACAUUGAUAAAUGGAUCGAGAUCAGAGACGGGAGGACUUCCGCCUACCAGCGCAUGCAAGCGUUCAAGGAGACUUUAGGACAUCGUGGCUGUCACUACGGGAAUUAUCUUACAAUGAUUUACAUGGUAACGUGCGCCUUGUACACAGUGAACACCAUUGGGCAGCUCUUCCUCGUGGAUUCUCUGCUGGGCAAUGACUUCCUGAGUCUUGGUCCAGAUUUUGUAAAAGGAGUGUCAACCAAUCAAAAGUGGGAAGACUUGAAGAGAUUUCCUCGUGUCACCUUUUGUGAUUUUAACAUUCGACAGCUUCAAAAUAUCCAAAGAUGGACCGUUCAGUGCUCUCUACCAAUCAACUUGUUUAACGAGAAGAUGUUCAUCAUUCUCUGGUUCCUACUGGUCAUCAUGUCCUUCGUUAACGCUGUCAAUUUUAUCUACAACUUCGCCAUGCUCUUUUUCCCGCGGCGGAAGAACGAGUACAUUAAGAGGUUCAUCGACGAAGACGUGUUGUCACCGGAACUGCGAAACAGCAGUAGACUUUCGGAUGUUCAGGUGAAGUUUGUGGACAAGUACUUGAGACAAGAUGGCGUCUUUCUCAUUUGGUUGAUUAAUCACAACACAAGUCCGGUUGUGGCGUCAGAAAUCGUAGCCAAGCUGUGGAAGGAUUAUUGUGACAAACCGCACGUGAGGACCUUCUUGUCCCUCAGUUCAGAUGCAUGAUUUUGUUUUUUCGUUUCACGUAUGCAUUUUGUGAUGAAACCGGAAAAUGUAAAGUGAGGUUGUUUGCCGAUAUUUGCCACUUCUCUACCGGAAGUGUUCGUCUGUAUGUAUUGUGAUAUAUUUUUUUUUUAUUUGUUUCGAUAUGGAAACGUUCAAGAGGAACAAUGUUCAGGAGAGUUCGCCCGACGGUUACUACAGGAGGUGAAGUUUUUAAACGACAUUGACAUGUUAUUUUCAUGUCAUGUUCCCUUGACAUGUCAUUUUGCAGAGAAAUUUAUUUUGUAGUUUGCGAGGACAAAUAUCGGAGGUGUUACGGAGUCGAACCCAGAUACAAACUUAAUGAAACAUAUUUUAUAAAACCAGUAAAACACCCCAUAAUUGAUCAAGUUUCUGAUCAUUUUAAAGGUCCCUGAGGACGAAGUUAAGCUUCUGGGAUUACACUGUCUAGAAAAUGGAUAAUCUUAAACAGUUUUUUUCUCGGGAUAAUCUUAGACUGAUAUUUCACCAAUGCUAUCCCCACCCCGGAAUUUUAUAUGUACUGACAGAGUUUAAUUUUUUGUUUGAAAUCGAAAAGUUUAAAAAUCCUUCAGCCAUGUAUUUAGUUAUUACAAUAAAUUUUCGAGCCGUAUAUUAAUCUGAAAAAAAAGUGUAUACAUGUAUGUAGAUAAUUCACUACGUGGUUAACCUGUUAGAGUACCGUGAACGACUUGUGUCGUAAUUAUCGGUAACUGUGAUGUUUAGCUGGGUAAUUCAAUGUUUAUAUCGUAUGUAUGUAUAUAUAUUGCUAAAAGGGAACUCCAUUGUGAUAAAUGUAUAGCAUAUUAUUUUGAUGAAAACAAUCGCGACCAUACCGACAGUGGCCCUCGCAGUUUUGUUUGAAACAUCUCGUCACGUGCGGUUAAUUGGUCCUUACACAGUAUACGCCUGAUCUGUUCUAGUUAACUACACACAUAAUAAUUCCUACCUUAUACUUUAUACCCGUGAUUUGUGUAAGAGUUAUCUCCUUGGAUAUAUUUGCCCCAUACACAUUACAUUUGUAUACAUUUGUACCUGUGAUUUUGUGUUAUACCUAUUUUUCAUAAGUAUCUAUGCUUUACACUUUAUACAUAUGAUUUGUGUUACUUCCCUUGAAGAUAUAUACUAACUUAUACAUUAAACCAAUGAUUUGUGUUUGAGUUAUCCCCCAUUGAACGUUUUUAUUAGCAUUAUCUAGUAAUUUUUAAAAGAUUUAACUGCUUGGUAUCAAUGCUGGUAUUUUGAUAAAAUGUAUCUUGGAAAUGUCUCAUCAAUUCAUCAACCAUCUCAACAUAACCAUUCGGUUCUUUAUGUGUCAUCAGUUAAGAUCUCUUUAUAAAACGAGAGCAUUGUUAAAGUAAGGUAACAUGCAUCCUUAAGUAAUAUUAAAUACAUUAAUAAACCUAUAGAAGAAGUGUAGUUUAUAUCAAGGACGCGCCAUAUUGGCAUGUAUGCAAUGCUUAUUUCAAGUUGUGUGGGCUUUUUGAUUGCUUUGUCCGUAUAAUGAAUUAGUGUCCGCCUUGUACAUAUACAAAUAAGAACAAAACAUUACGUCUUCCAUAAUCACUCAAAUACCAAUAUUGACUUGACAUUUUAUAUUGAAGCUUGGCGAUUACAAAUAUAUCAUUUUAUAUACAUUUAGCAUUCAGAUCAAACGUGUAUGUAUACAGUGUAGCUAUAACGCCAGCACUUCAGAUCACAAUAUGUCUCCAGGCCAGUUGUCGUGAAAGACAGAGCCAUUAGGUUCAGACUUCCCAGAAUUAAUGUUUUAUCGUACAUGUACAUUAGGUCUUGUUUCAUUUGUUUUAACAGCGAAAUAUUCAUAUCACGGAUUCUGUAAUUUUAAUAUGGGUUAUUUGUAAAAAGCUUCUCCUUAAUAUGUACACAAACGCUAUUUUUAUAUUCUAUACUUAAAAGACUUUCAUUCACAAAUUAUUUUAUUACGGGUUUUUUUAAUUUUAGUUGAAAAAAAAAUUGGAAAUAAAAUAGCAGCAUCUUUUUGGUAAAACAAUGUAUUUUAUUUAAAUCAACGCGGAAUUUAUGUUUACAUCUGAUCAAGUUAAAUAUAAAGUCUGAGGUUAUAUUAUUUCUAGAGAAAUUAAAGCCAUCGUUAUUAUUUGUUUCGGUUUCCGAUAAUAAACAGGUGCUUUUAACUGUAUGCUGAGUGGUAGAGCUGUAUUAGAAAAAUACUACCAUUAAAAUGAAAUGUACUAUAAUAAAGAAAAAAUCUUGUAA